AUGGCACUCUCAGCUUGUAUCAUGUGUUGUGCCAAGAUCAUCGUCGACGCUGGUGCCCAGGAAGAAGAGCAGGAGCAAUGCGAGGCCCAUCCCGCCGCUGCCGCGCAGGCUGCCGUUGAUCGCACACGCACGGUUAAUGCUUCUAGGGACGCCUCAAAUGCCCAAGCAGGCGUUGUCCAUGCCGACGCGGAUGCCAAGCGUGUCGCCACGGAGAAGCGCGCCGCCUACAACAACACCCUCGAGGCCUCCAAGAACGCCAGAUCCCAAGCCAAUCAAGCAAUCGAAGCUACCCGAGCUACCGAUGCGAACUUGUCGCAAGCCAAGACCAACCCCGCCGACGACGUCGUUGCCGCGCAAAACAAAAUUGUGGACUUGGAGGUGGCUGCCGAGGAGGCGACUAAUGCGGCAGCUCAUGCUGAGGAGACAGCUGCCAAGGCCGACGAGGGUCUCGACGUCAUCAGCAAGGACCUCAAGGAAGCAGACAACGAGGUCAAGCAGAAGGCCGAUGUGACUCAUGCUACCAAGGAAGCCGUGGAGGCUGCAAAGAAGACUGCCGACGCUGCCAAACCCAAGACUGAUCAGGUCAUCGAGGCCAUGGUCGUGGUGGAUCCGGGCUUCAUGGUUGAUCAACGAUGA